AUGGAGACAGAAAGCUGGAACGCGAGCGGUAAGUCCUCAGUCCCGGGGAGGCAUGUCGAGUGGACCGAUGCUGACGGAGAAGUGUGUCUCUCCCACAGGAAGCCUCGACUCCCGUUUCUUCAACGACGACGGCCUCUGGACAUCCGCUCCCCUCUUGACAGGCCAAUCCUCCCACGAACCCCUCCCAGAUGUCCACAACAUCAUGGUGACAGGCGGCGAAGGCUUCAUCGCCUCCUGGCUCAUCCGCCACCUCACCCUCAAGUACCCCACGCAUUACAAUAUCAUCUGCUUCGACAAACUCGACUAUUCCUCCUCCCUCAACAAUUCCCGCCUCCUGCUCUCCCAUCCCAAUUUCGCCUUCUUCCACGGCGAUCUGACCAAACCCGCCGACGUUUUGCGUUGUAUGAAGAAAUACAACAUCGAUACGGUCUUCCAUCUGGCGGCGCAGAGCCAUGUGGAUUUGAGUUUUGGGAACAGUUUCAGUUUUACGAUUAACAAUGUCUUGGGGACGCACGUGUUGUUGGAUGUCGCCCGAGAGUUUGGGCGUGUGGGCAGGUUUUAUCAUAUUUCGACGGACGAGGUGAGUUGAGGAGAGCAUGAUGGAGAUGAGCAACGAGUUGGUUCCGUUUUUGGCUUACCGGUGAUGUGAUGUUAUAGGUGUACGGCGAGGUCGAGAAGGGUGGUGCAGACCUUCUCGAGCACAGCGUACUGGCUCCGACGAAUCCGUACUCGGCCAGCAAGGCUGCCGCUGAGAUGUUCGUCAUGGCAUAUGUGCGCAGUUACAAACUGCCCGUGACCAUGAUCCGCUUGAACAACGUCUACGGCCCGCAUCAGGUGAGUAGUAGACGGACGUCCCUCGUGUUUGCUUCCACGACAUGAAGACUGACAGAUGGCAUAGUUCCCGGAGAGUGCGUUUGACAGGACGAUGCAGUAACACCUCGCGCGUGUGCUGACCGCUCACAAAACAGAAAUCAUCCCGAAGUUCAUCAACCUGCUGCAGCGCAAGAAGCCCCUCUUCAUCCACGGAGACGGGCACAAUACCCGACGAUACCUGUACGCGGGAGACGCCGCCGAUGCGUUCGAUACAAUCCUCCACAAGGGCGAGAUUGGACAGGUAUACAACGUGGACUCCAGGGACGAAAUCUCGAAUCUCGACCUCGCGGGCAAACUCCUACAAGCAUUCGGCGUGACGGACAUUGAAAGCUCGAUCCAGUAUGUCCGCGAUCGUCCCUUCAACGACUUGCGCUACGCCGUCGACGGGUCCAAACUGAGAAGAUUGGGCUGGGAGCCGAAGGUGUCGUUCGAGGAAGGGCUGGCAGCGACGGUGCAAUGGUAUGGCAAAUUCUCAGGUUGGUGGGGCCCGAUUGAGAAUAUCCUGACUCCGUUCCCCGUGGUCAAGAAGGAGGGAGCAGGCGUCGCGACGGUCGAUGCCGUGGUGAAGGAAUUGGACUGCGAAUCGGGUGAGCGCAUCUCGCAGGCAGAAGUGGGCGCAGAGGAGAAGAAGCAUAAUGGGGGCGCCAACGGGCAUCAUGCGCAGGGCCGUGGCUUGACUAAUGGAGCGACGAAGAAGCGGAAAGCUGCUGCCCUGGACGAGGAGUAA